AUGAGGAACUCGAAGACUUCAAUGCGAAACACACAGACUGGGACUCUCCAAAACGAUAAGAAAGGUAAAGCACUGGUAGACCUAAUUAAUUUUACUAGCCUCGUUCUAUGCAACCAAGGAAAAACAGACACUUUUCGCUCAGGAUCAAUUAUUGACCUUACAAUAGCGACAGCAGCAUUGCCUCAGAGAAUUAAAGGAUGGAGAGUACUUGAUGAAGUCUCAUUGAGUGAUCAUUUCUACAUCGCAUUUAGUAUAGAAAAUGGGCCCUACGACAAUACUAAGGCUAGGACUGCCCCCCUCCCAAAAAAAAUAGAGCUCAAGAAGCUGGAAACAUCACUCCGAACAAAUUCGAUUUAUAAAAAAGGAGACUCAAUGGACAUUAAAAACAAUAGUGGGAUAGCACUCCCUACCACGUGUUAUACAAUUUUUUCAAUUUUUGUCCUACAUAGACUACAGAAAUAUACUAAUUGUCAUAAUAGGAAAAUAUUAGACCCAGUUCAUAAGAGAUAAAUCGACAACAGACAACAUAUUUACUAAUUAGACAGAUAUUGGAAAAAUAUUACGAAUUCGGAAAAGAAUUACACAUAUGUUUUGUAGACUUCAGACAAGUAUAUUAUGAUAGUAUUAUAAGGGAAAAGUUAUGGAAGGUUCUAAAAGAAUUUGAAGUUCCAGUUAAAUUAAUUCAACUGGUAAAAGUAUGUAAUUCUAAUAGCAUUUGCAAAGUUUAAUUUAGAAAAACAAUUUCAUUGAAUUUUGAAAUAGGAACAGGGCUUAGAUAAGGUGGUACACUGUUUCCAACUCCACACAACGUAG